AUGUCUGUGAAGAUACUUGUGGGCCCUAAUGCAUUGUCCCCAUUUAGAGUUGAUAACUUGACGAAAGGAAUUGAAGAAUAUACCAACAGCACUUCCAUCAUCACCGAGGUGCGUUCUUGUUAUGUUCAUUAUAUUGAUACUAAAGUAUCAGAGUUAUCUGAAAAGGAUUUGAAACUACUCGAAGUUUUGCUAACCUACGACACUGCUCUUGAUUUGGAAACUGAUGCAUUGUCGAAGUCGUUGUAUGAUUAUGUCAAGCAGGACACAGCAGGUUCCAACACUGGUGAAAAUACUUACUUAAUAAGAAUUGUGCCAAGAUCAGGUACUAUCUCACCUUGGUCCUCUAAGGCCACCAAUAUCAGUACUGUUUCUGGGUUGGAUGACAAGGUUGAACGAAUUGAAAGAGGUCUAGCUUUGCUGAUAAAAACCGUACCAGGUUUCCCACUAUUAGAGAAUCUAAAUGAUGUGUCAUUACAAUCUGUGUUUGAUAGAAUGACCCAGGAAUUGUAUUUGGAUCUACCCCCAACUUCAGACGAUCUUUUCACGCAUGAAUCUCCAAAGCCGCUUGUUCACAUUCCAUUGGUAUCUGAAUCUUUGAAAUUAAGCCCAAGAGAUGCUUUAAACAAGGCCAACACAGAGCUAGGUUUGGCUUUAGAUAAAGGUGAAAUUGAGUACUUGGUUAGGGCUUUUGUAGAAAUUUUGAAAAGAGAUCCAACCGAUGUCGAAUUAUUCAUGUUUGCUCAAGUUAACUCGGAACAUUGUCGUCAUAAAAUUUUCAAUGCUGACUGGACUAUUGAUGGAUUGAAGAAAAAUAUGACCUUAUUUCAGAUGAUUAGAAAUACUCACAAAUUGACCCCAGAUUACACUUUAAGUGCCUAUUCUGAUAAUGCGGCUGUUUUGGAUACCGAAAACGAUGCCUAUUUUUUUACACCAGAUCCAAAAACCAAGAAAUGGACUUCAAUCAAAGAGUCAGUUCCAAUGUUGAUCAAAGUUGAAACGCACAAUCACCCAACUGCCGUUUCUCCGUUCCCCGGUGCAUCCACAGGUUCAGGUGGUGAAAUCAGAGAUGAAGGUGCAACUGGCAGAGGUUCUAAAACCAAAUGUGGUUUGAGCGGAUUUUCUGUUAGUGAUCUAUUAAUUCCAGGUCACAAACAGCCAUGGGAACUUGAUAUUGGAAAGCCUUCGCAUAUUGCAUCUGCUCUAGAUAUUAUGAUUGAAGCACCAUUGGGUUCAGCUGCUUUUAACAAUGAAUUUGGUAGGCCCUGUAUUAACGGCUAUUUUAGAACUUUGACAACUAAAGUGAAGAAUGCCACAGGGAAGGAAGAAAUCAGAGGAUUUCACAAACCUGUUAUGAUUGCUGGUGGUUUCGGUUCUAUUAGACCUCAGUUUGUUUUGAAAGAUAAGCCUAUCACACCAGGAUCCCAAUUGAUCGUUUUGGGUGGGCAAUCUAUGUUGAUUGGUCUGGGUGGUGGCGCUGCAUCUUCUAUUGCAGCUGGUGAAGGCUCUGCUGAACUAGAUUUUGCCUCUGUUCAAAGAGGAAAUCCUGAAAUGGAACGCCGUUGUCAACAAGUUAUCGACGGUUGUGUUGCUCUUGGCGAAAAUAGUCCAAUUCAAUCUAUUCAUGACGUUGGUGCUGGUGGUCUCUCCAAUGCAUUACCAGAACUGGUUCAUGAUAAUAAUUUGGGUGCUAAGUUCAACAUAAGAAAGGUAUUAUCUUUGGAACCUGGUAUGUCUCCUAUGGAAAUUUGGUGUAACGAAUCUCAGGAACGUUAUGUUCUUGGUGUCUCUCCAAAAGAUCUUUCCGUGUUUGAAGAGAUAUGUAAGAGAGAAAGGGCACCAUACGCAGUUGUUGGUGUUGCAACAGCUGAGCAAAGAUUAAUUGUUGACGAUCCUUUGCUGAAUACGACUCCAAUAGACCUCGAUAUGUCCAUUUUAUUUGGAAAACCACCAAAAAUGUCCAGGGAAACCGUUACAGAAAACUUGCAACUAUCGGCAGCUGAUUUGAGCGUAAUUCCAUCAAUUGAAGAUGCCGUUGAAAGAGUCUUAAAAUUACCUGCUGUAGGUUCCAAAUCUUUUUUGAUUACAAUUGGUGACAGAACUGUUACUGGUUUAAUUGACAGAGAUCAAUUUGUCGGCCCAUGGCAAGUCCCAGUUGCGGACGUCGGUGUUGUCGCAACUUCUUUGGGUGAUUCGGUUAUUUCUUCUGGUGAAGCAAUGGCCAUGGGUGAAAAACCUGUCAACGCCCUAAUUUCUGCUGCUGCCUCAGCAAAAUUGGCUGUAGCUGAAUCUCUUUUGAAUUUGUUUGCUGCUGAUGUUAAGUCUUUGAAGCAUGUGAAACUGUCAGCAAACUGGAUGUCCCCAGCUUCCCACCCAGGUGAGGGAUCUAAGUUAUACGAAGCGGUGCAAGCUUUAGGUAUGGACCUAUGCCCUGAUUUGGGAGUCGCAAUUCCGGUCGGUAAGGACUCCAUGUCGAUGAAGAUGAAGUGGGAUGAUAAAGAAGUUACUGCUCCUUUAACCCUGGACAUCACUGCAUUUGCCCCUGUUCAUCAUACGAGUAGGACUUGGGCACCUUUAUUGAACAAGAAGCUUGACGACUCAGUUUUGGUACUUGUCGAUCUUGCAGCUUUGAACAAAACUGUCAGCUUGGGUGGUUCUGCUUUGUUGCAAGUCUAUAAGCAAGUUGGUGACAGCUCGCCAACCGUCACAGAUAACACUGUUCUGAAAGGCUUCUUAGAAGCUCUUAUUGAGUUACAUAAGACAGACAUUGUCGCAGCAUACCACGAUAGAUCAGAUGGUGGUUUGUUAGUCACCCUGUUGGAAAUGGUGUUUGCCUCGAGAUGUGGUUUAACUGCUGUUAUAGAUGCCACUGAAGAGAGGGCACUCGCUUCAUUGUUCAACGAGGAGUUGGGUGCUGUUUUCCAGAUAUCUCAAUAUAGAUUAGAAGAGUUCAAAUCAAUUCUUGCCAAAUACGGUGUUUCAAAUGGAUAUGUUUCUGUUGUUGGUAGGCCAGACUUCGAUUCUCAAAUCGUUAAAGUUGUCGACAAUGAAGGUAAAAAGCUGUAUACUAACACUAGAGGAUACUUGCAACAGUUGUGGAGCUCUACCUCCUUUGAGAUGCAAAAAUUGAGAGAUAAUCCAAAAACUUCUAGCGAGGAAUUUCACGCUUUGAAAGAUGAUAGAGACCCCGGUUUGCACUUCUCCUUGACUUACAACCCAACGGAUGACUUGCAAAUUGGUGCUCAACUUUCUAAUGUUAGACCAAACGUUGCUAUUCUGAGAGAACAGGGUGUUAACGGUCAAAUGGAAAUGGCUUGGUGUUUUCAACAAGCUGGUUUCAAUUCCAUCGAUGUUACUAUGACAGAUCUAUUGGAGGGCAGAGUUCACUUGGAUAACUUUGUAGGCUUUGCUGCAUGUGGUGGUUUCUCAUAUGGUGAUGUUCUAGGUGCUGGUGCUGGAUGGGCAAAAUCUGUCUUAUAUCACGAAGGUGUCCGUUCUCAAUUUGUUAAAUUCUUCCAAGAAAGAACAGAUACGUUUGCAUUUGGUGCUUGUAAUGGUUGUCAAUUCCUAAGCAGAUUAAAGGAUAUAAUUCCUGGCUGUGAAAACUGGCCAAGUUUCGAAAGAAAUGUAAGUGAACAAUAUGAGGGACGUGUUAGUAUGGUUCAAGUAAUCCAGGAUUCUUCUACUGAAAGUGUUUUCUUGAAUGGUAUGGCAGGUUCAAAAUUACCUAUCGCUGUCGCACAUGGUGAAGGUAGGGCAAAAUUUAUCAAUAAAGAACAGGAGCAAGCAUUUGAAGAGCAAAGUUUAUGCGGUAUUAAAUAUAUUGACAACUACGGUAAUGCCACCCAAGCCUAUCCAUUUAAUCCUAACGGCUCACAGAGUGCCAUUGCCGGUAUCAAAUCACCAAAUGGUAGAGUUUUGGCAAUGAUGCCUCAUCCUGAAAGAGUUUGUAGAUUGGAGGCUAAUUCAUGGUACCCAGCCGAACAAUUUGAAGAAUGGGGCGGUUAUGGACCAUGGAUUAGACUCUUCAGAUCAGCAAGAAGAUGGGUUAGCUAA